AUGCAUAUAAAAUUAAUCAUUUUUCUUGUAUUGUUCGGAGUAGUUGCUAGUAGUUCAUCACUUGAUUGGCUUAAAUUUAAACGUAAUCAUAAUAAAUAUUAUAAAUCAGCUGCUGAAGAAGCAAAACGUAAACAAAUUUUUCUUGAAAAUGUAAAUCGAAUUCGUGAUUAUGAACGAACUCAUCCAAAUGCAACAUUUAAAGUUGGCAUAAAUCAUUUAGCUGAUCGACGUAUCGAAGAACUUGUAUCUUCCUCAAAACGUCAUUUUGAACUUCAUUCUGAGAAUAUAGGAAACUCUCUUGAAUCAAUGAAUUUACCAGACUCAUUAGAUUGGCGAACAAAAGGUGUAAUUUCACCAGUACGAAAUGAAGGUGUUAUAGGAGAUGUAGAUGCAAUUGUUGCUGUUGAAGUAAUUGAGACCUUAUAUGCUAUUCAAACAGGAAAUCUUGUAGCUGGUAGUGUUGCUCGUGUCAUUGACUGUUGUCCAAAAGAGAGUGAUGUUUUCGAAUGUAUUGCUAAACUCCGUGGUAUUUGUCGUGCUGAUGAUUAUCCAUCAACUACUGGUCAGUGUCAACCAGAUAAAUGUAAACCAUUUACUAAUUUUAAUAAAGUUAUGCGACUUAAGGAUCAAAAUGAAAAUACUAUGGAAACAUGGAUUCAAAAUUCUUCGUUAUUUAUUGGUAUUGAUGCAAGUCAAAUGUCCUUUGAAUUUUAUAUAAGCGGUAUUUAUACAGAUAAAUCAUGCUCGAAAACAACGGUUGAUCAUGCUAUGCAACUUGUUGGUUAUGGAAAAACGGAUUCGGGAGAUUUGUAUUGGAUAUGUAAAAAUAGUUGGGGUUCUGAUUGGGGAGAAAAAGGAUAUAUACGUGUGUUACGCGGACAAAAUACUUGUGGCAUUGCCACUUAUGUCGCACAAGUUGCAUAA